CAGCCGGCCAGGAGUCCCGCCAGCUGUCGCAUCGGAGUCGCUGCUGCCACUGCCACCGCUCACCAUGGGCUCGAGUCCCCGGCUGCUGCUUUUUCUCGUGCUUUGCGUGGGGCUCAGCGCGCUCGUGCCUUCUACAGGGGCCUCGGGCGUCCGUAAGAGAGGCCCCUCGGUGACGGCCAAGGUCUUCUUUGAUGUGAGGAUUGGAGAUAAAGAUGUUGGCAGAAUAGUGAUUGGCCUCUUUGGAAAAGUCGUGCCCAAGACUGUGGAAAAUUUUGUCGCUCUGGCAACAGGAGAGAAAGGAUAUGGAUAUAAAGGAAGCAAAUUUCAUCGUGUCAUCAAAGAUUUCAUGAUUCAAGGAGGAGACUUCACCCGUGGAGACGGCACUGGCGGUAUAAGCAUUUACGGUGAGACGUUUCCAGAUGAGAACUUCAAACUGAAGCAUUAUGGCAUUGGGUGGGUCAGCAUGGCCAAUGCAGGGCCAGACACCAACGGCUCUCAGUUCUUUAUCACCUUGACCAAGCCCACCUGGCUGGAUGGCAAGCAUGUGGUAUUUGGAAAAGUCAUCGAUGGAAUGACAGUGGUCCACUCCAUAGAACUGCAGGCAACUGAUGGGCAUGACCGUCCGCUCACCGACUGCUCCAUCGUCAACAGCGGCAAGAUCGAUGUGAAAACGCCCUUUGUGGUAGAGGUCGCUGACUGGUGAUACAACUAGCAGAAAACAAAGAAGCACACACUCUGGCAGGGGUGUAGGGGUGUGUGUGUGUGUGUGUGUGUAUGUGUGUGUGUCUUUUGAGUCUUCAAAGUUACUGUUUUGCUUUGUUUUUAAACUUUCUUCUGUUUUCCGCCCUAGAUCACAGGGAAGUUACAAAGAUCAACCACUCAAAGUUUAGUUUCCAUGAAUUUUGGUAAAUCACUUGCUUAGGGACUUUGCACUUAAAAGACAUAUCCCUCUCCUCAAGUGGUGCUAUUUUUAAACUAGAAAAUUUUUUAUUGGCUAUAUUCUUUUGAAGAACACAUUCAUUACUUUGCUGGAUUAAUUGUGAUACCUGGGUUGAGUGAUAUAUAAGAUCUGUCUGAGAAAGAUGGGGAUUGGAAGUUUAUUACUUUGUAUUCAAACAGAAAUUCUUUUCAGGUAAAGGGAGAUUUGAUUAGUAUUAUCUGAUAUAUGGCACAGGGACUUUUACCUGUGAAAGGUGCUUUGGUGUUCUCUAUAUUAAAUACUUUUUAUAUAGA